AUGUGCCUGCCUAACCAUCAUCGAGUGGGUACCAAUGACCAUACGCUGCUAAGCGCAUGCCUGUUUGUCGAGGCCGACGUGAAAGUGUCUGGCAAGGUUGUCGGUAAGCUGCCACCACCCAUUUCCUCAUUCGUCCUUGACGCGCCACUCCACCAGUCUUUAAACAAGGCGUACAAGUUUGUCGCAUCGUCGCGCCUGAAGGACUCGCUGCUGAUGAUCAUCUGCCAGUACCGUCAUCUGGGCAUGCGUGUGCUCGUCUCGACGCAGGAGCCAACGGUUGUGCCGGCCAAGCUGCUCGCGCUCUGCUCGUUCAUCGUUGCGCACCGCUUUCAGUCACCCGGCUAG